AUGUCUAAUCUACAAGCAGAACAUAUUCAUCAUGCUCAACAUUCAAACCCAUUGAAGCCUCGUAACCAACUGUUUACCUGUCUCGCAUGUCAAGUUGCUUUUCCAACCACUGACCGACAAAGAGCUCAUUAUCGUACAGAUUGGCACAAGUAUAACCUCAAGAGAAAGAUUGCUCAACUUCCAUCCGUCAAUGCCGAACAAUUUGCUCAGAAAGUUUUAGCCCAGCAAAUGAAGGGUAAAGAAGAGGAGGAAAGACAGGGUCUCGUCUAUGAAUGUGUCAUUUGCAGAAAAUCUUACUUUUCUGAAAACGCAUUUUCAAACCAUCUCUUGUCCAAAAAGCACAGAGAUCUCGAAUUCAAUGCAGACCAAGAACCCCUGCCUUCGCCUGUCGUUGCUCACAAGAAGAAUGAUCGACUUUUUUCAGACACGGAAGAAGACACUGACACUGAUUCAGUCGUCUCCUCGCUUGCAGAUCUCGGCUUGAGCCAAGAUCGUUGUCUAUUCUGUAACAUGGCUAAUGGCGAUUUUGAUACCAACCUCAAACACAUGAGCUUAGUGCAUGGUUUCUUUUUGCCAGAUAUUGAAUAUUUGGAAGAUCCCACUGGAUUGAUCAUUUAUUUAGCUGAAAAGGUAGAAGAUUGCAUCUGUCUCUACUGCAAUGGACGUGGAAAGGAAUACAAAUCUCAGGAAGCUGUGAGAAAGCACAUGUUGGAUAAGGGACAUUGCAAGAUGGCUUAUGACGAAUCAGAGAACCCGGGAGAUCUGUUAAAAUUUUACAACUUUGGCACCAUGUCAGAAGAAGAUUUCGAAGCCGCGACUGUAGACACAGUAUCAAACCAAGACGAUGAGUUGAUAUUAGAGUCUGGAGAGAGAUUGGGACAUCGUCGCUUCAUGAGAUACUACAAGCAAAAUAUGAGACGCUCGUCCCAAGAUGAGAGUGCGGAUCCGUUAUCCAUCACACAGGGAGAAGCUGGUGUCGCUUUUGAACCACGCAAUAGAAAGGAGCGCCGCAGCAAGUUUGCCAUUACAGACAGAUCUGAACAACAUAGAGCCGACAUGCUGCGUCGAUUACCUGAAGUUGUACAGAAGCAGCACUAUCAAAGACAAGUAUCAAAAAGAGAUAACCUUGUGGCAACUAGUAGACUUCGUAUCCAGAAUCCAGUCUAA